AUGCCUCAAAAUUGCCUGCAUAUUGAAAAUUCAAGGAUCGUUCGUCUGCUGGCCGUGCAUCCGUCGCUGCAAGUCACUGUCAUGACGGCAGAUCGCAAGGCCGGGCUGCCGCUCUCGUCCGUCUUCCCUCACCUCAUCUCCCAGGUGGAUCUCCCCAACAUGGUCGCCGUGAAAGAUGCGGAUUUCUCCCAGGUGGACGCCGUCUUUUGCUGCCUGCCCCACGGCACCACUCAGGAAAUCAUCGCAGCGCUGCCCGAGCACCUGAAGAUUGUGGAUCUGUCUGCUGAUUUCCGGCUGAGGGACGUGAACGAGUAUGCGCAGUGGUACGGGGGCGAGCACAGGGCGCCCAAGCUGCAGGAAGAGGCAGUGUAUGGAUUGACUGAGAUCUACAGGGAUGCAGUGAAGGCUGCUCGCCUGGUUGCCAAUCCCGGAUGCUAUCCCACAUCCGUCCAGCUCCCGCUUAUCCCGCUUCUUCAGUCCAAGCUCAUCCUGCCAGACGGAAUCAUCAUUGAUGCCAAGUCGGGAGUGAGCGGAGCAGGGCGCGGAGCCAAGGAGGCGAACCUGUACACUGAAGUGGCCGAGGGCAUUCACCCCUACGGCGUCACCAACCACAGGCACGUGCCUGAGAUUGAGCAGGGUCUGAAAGAGUUUGCUGGGGGAGCGGAUGUGACUGUCAGCUUCACUCCCCACCUCAUGCCCAUGGCACGUGGCAUGCUGUCAACCAUCUACGUUCAGAUGGCACCUGGGACAACAGUGGACGACCUGAGAGAACACCUGAUCAGCAGAUACCAGGAUGAGGAGUUUGUGGUGGUGUUGCCCAAGGGGAUUGUGCCGCACACACGCCAUGUGAGGGGCUCCAACUACUGCCUCGUCAAUGUCUUCCCGGACCGCAUUCCUGGCCGCGCAAUCAUCACCUCUGUGAUUGACAAUCUGGUGAAGGGUGCAUCCGGCCAGGCUCUUCAGAAUCUCAACAUCAUGCUCGGACUUCCUGAGACCGAAGGUCUCAUGCAGCAGCCCAUGUUCCCCUGA